GGGAGGGAGGGAGGGCGAUUACAUCAUGGGCUCCAGCCAAUCAAGUUGAGGAGCACGCUAUAAAGCAAGAGCCCUUUCUCUCUUUUGGGGACACAAGGAGCGUAAAGUUGCACUCAGCUUGGCGAAAUUUUGACGUCUUUGCAGGUGCUGCGGAAGCCAGGAAAUCAUGGUGCUAAUGACGAUGCCCUUUUUCGGACCCGUGUCCGUAUCGGAGAGCUUAGUGGCGGUGACGACGCUAUGCCUGGUCUACCUGAUGCUCAAGUCUUUCCGCAACGUCAUUCCUGAGGGCCUCAUGCGUCUCCCCGGUCCCAGGCCCCUUCCCAUCAUCGGGAACAUGCUGGAGAUGGGCAGCAGGCCCUACCUGAGUCUCACCGCCAUGAGCAAACGAUACGGACCCGUGUUCCAGAUCCAGAUCGGCAUGCGUCCCGUGGUGGUGCUGAGCGGCAGCGAAACGGUCCGACAGGCUCUCGUCAAGCAGGGCGAGGACUUCGCCGGCAGGCCCGACCUGUACAGCUUCCGCUUCAUCAACGACGGCAAGAGUCUCUCCUUCAGCACAGACCAGGCUGGCGUCUGGCGGGCUCGCCGGAAGCUGGCCUACAGCGCCCUCCGCUCCUUCGCCACGCUGGACGGCACCACGCCGGAGUACUCGUGCAUGCUGGAGGAGCACAUCUGCAAAGAGGGCGAGUAUCUGAUCAAACGACUCAACAGCGUCAUGAAGACCGACGGCGGCUUCGACCCCUUCCGCCACAUCGUGGUCUCGGUGGCCAACGUCAUCUGCGGCAUGUGCUUCGGCCGCCGCUACGACCACGACGACCAGGAGCUCGUCAGCCUGGUGUACCUCAGCGACGAGUUCGGCAAAGUGGUGGGCAGCGGCAACCCCGCCGACUUCAUCCCGGCGCUCCAGUUCCUGCCGAGCGCGACGAUGAGGAAGUUUGUCAGCCUCAACAACCGCUUCAACGACUUCGUGCAGAAGAUUGUCAGCGACCACUAUACCACCUUUAACAAGGACAACAUCCGAGACAUCACCGACUCCCUCAUCGAUCACUGCGAGGACAGGAAGCUGGACGAGAACUCCAACAUCCAGGUGUCGGAUGGGAAGAUCGUCGGGAUCGUCAACGACCUCUUCGGAGCAGGCUUUGACACCGUCUCAACCGCCCUGUCCUGGGCAGUCAUGUACUUGGUGGCUUAUCCAGAGCUCCAGGAACGACUUCAUCAGGAACUCAAGAACAAAGUGGGACUUCACCGCACUCCUCUUUUAUCCGACAAAAGCAGCCUGCCCCUCCUGGAGGCCUUCAUCCUGGAGAUCUUUCGUCACUCUUCAUUUGUGCCCUUCACCAUCCCCCACUGCACCACAAAGGAUACAUCUUUGAACGGCUUCUUCAUUCCUAAAGACACCUGUGUCUUCAUCAAUCAGUGGCAGAUCAACCACGACCUCGACCUAUGGAAGGAUCCGUCGUCCUUCGACCCGGACCGCUUCCUGAGCGCCGAUGGCACGGAGCUCAACAAGGUGGACGGGGAGAAGGUGAUGAUCUUCAGUUUGGGCAAGCGCCGCUGCAUCGGCCAGGUCAUCGCGCAGCAGGAGGUCUUCCUCUUCUUGGCCAUCUUGGUGCAGAAGCUGCAGUUCCACGCCGUACCCGGGGAAGCUGUGGACAUGACGCCCGAGUACGGCCUCACCAUGAAGCACAAGCGCUGUCAAGUGAGGGCCGCCAUGCGACAACACGACGAGUGAAGAUGAAGUUUUUAAACGUGUAACGCUGUAAGGCUGCAUAGGUCAGGGUCAAGGCGAUGCACUCAGAAUGUAAGGCCAGGGACGCUGAAUUUAAGCCACGACGUUGUCUCCCAUUUGUGGUUUUGGGUCCUUGAGAUCCUCUGUCGGAGAUGCCUUUGCAUCCCAGAAUGUGCAAACCACAAGGAGAUGACUUCUUUGGCUUUGCGUUUAAUUAAGCCUCUGCCACCUGCAUCUUCUCCUGUGAAUGCAAUAGAUAUGGACUUUUAUGUAUCUGAAACCCAUGUCAUGUCAACCAUGUCACACGGAAGCUAUGUUUGUAUCCCAAAAUGUGAUUUGUAUCAAGCUGUUUGUCAUUUUUUUAAGUAAUUGUAUGUGCCUAAUAUUUGUACAUAGUUGAGGGGAAAUUGCUGCUGUGUGUGUGUGUGUGUGUGUGUGUGUGUGUGUGUGUGUGUGUGUGUGUGUGUGUGUUGCGUGUGUGCUUGUUU